AUGCAGAUAACACAGGCACUAAGACCAACAAUUUGUAAAUGGGACCUCAUGAGGCUAGAGUGCUUCUAUACAGCAAAGGACACCAUUAUCUGGGCAAAGUGGCAGCUACAGAAUGAAGAAGAGAAUACCUUCUUUCAGGCAUCUUUGCCAGUUACACAUCUGGUGGAAGGCUACUUUCUGGCAGAACAAAAGUGGGCAAAGCUGCAGCAGGCUAUGUGCCCCACAAGAGUUCCACAUGGGAGAGAUGCUGUGGCCUGGCCCAUCUCUAGGCUCUGGAGAGUCUCUGACCCAACUUUGUUCCAAAUGACCGUCAUUGCUGCUCUCUGGGUUGCUGUGUUUGGUAAAUGUGGUCCACCACCUGAUGUACCUGGUGCUUUGCUAGUACGUGAGACAAACCAGACAGACUUCGAAAGCCAAACUCUCUUGAAAUACAGUUGCCGUCCUGGCUACAGUAGGGCAAGUUCAAGCCAGACUAUUUACUGUACAUCUGGGGGGAGUUGGCGUAUUUCUAUCUCAUGUGUCAAAAAAUCAUGCGGGAAUCCAGGAGACUUACAAAAUGGACAUGUGGAAGUUAAGACAGAUUUCUCUUUUGGAUCACAGAUAGAAUUCAGCUGCUCAGAAGGAUAUAUCUUAAUUGGCUCAUCCACUAGUCAUUGUGAGAUCCAAAGUAAAGGAGUUGCCUGGAGUGAUCCUCUCCCAGAAUGUGAAAUUGUCAAGUGUAGGUCCCCUCCUGAGAUCAGCAAUGGGAAGCACACUGGUGGAGAUGAAGACUUCUACACAUAUGGCUCCUCUGUCACCUAUAGGUGUGAUCCUACCUUCUUACUCCUUGGAAGUCCCUCCAUUACCUGCAUUGUAGUGAACAAAACAGUAGGUGUUUGGAGCCCAAGCCCUCCUACCUGUGAAAGAAUCAUCUGUCCUCAGCCAAAUAUUUCAAAUGGACUAAUUCGUUCCAGAUUGAGGACUACCUAUAAAUACAAAGACUCUCUUAUAUUUGCCUGCCAAAAAGGGUUCACUCUCAGAGGCAAACAUAUAAUCUAUUGUGGAGCUGAUGGCAACUGGAAUCCUCCUCCUCCCAUUUGUGAGCUCACUAGUUGCCCUAAUACACCAGACAUUCCACAUGCUUCCUGGCUACAACAUUUCAAAAAAGAAGAUGUGCAUCAGGUUGGAACCGUGUUACAGUACCAAUGUCAACCUGGCUAUGAGCCUGCUACAAAAGGGUCAAUGGAUAUAAUUUGUAGGAAAGAUUUCACCUGGAGCCCAUUUAAGGAAUGCAGGGAGGUAUGUUGUCCAGAACCAGACCCAAAUAAUGUUCAAGUCAUUCGACAUAUAAGAAAGUAUCCUGAGAAUGACUGUACUUAUUUCUAUGAUGACACAGUGUAUUACGCAUGCGAAGAUAAUCCAAUCAUUUCAGCUACUUGCAAAUCAGAUGGCACGUGGACUCCUAAAACACCAUCAUGUGAUCAGAGUUGUAAUUUUCCUCCAAACAUUGCCCAUGGACAUUAUAUAAGAUCUAGUCACUACUUCUCAACUGAGGCUACAUAUGAAUGUGAUGAAGGAUACAGAUUGGUUGGAGAGGCAAGCAUCUCCUGCCGACUUUCAAAAUGGACACCAGCACCUCCACAGUGUAAAGCUCUAUGCCAGAAACCAGAGAUAAGAAAUGGAAUGCUGUCUGCCAAUAAAGAUCAGUAUAUUGAAUCUGAAAAUGUCACCAUCCAGUGUGACUCUGGCUUUGCCAUGUUAGGUUCCCAAAGUAUCACUUGUUUAGAGAAUGGAACCUGGUACCCAGAGAUGCCCAGAUGUGUGCAGGAGAAAGACUGUGAGCAUGUGUUUGCAGGCAAGAGGUUCAUGCAAUGUCUGUCAAAUUCAGCUGAUGUGAAAAUGGCACUGGAGGUUUACAAACUGUCUCUGGAGAUUGAACUAUUAGAGCUACAGAUAGAAAAGGCAAAAGAAACUGUCCCGGAGUUAUGA